AUGUUAGGUUUAGAAGGGAAAUUUGACGCGUCAUCAGGGUGGUUGAAAAGGUUUAAAAAACGCCACGGAAUAAGAGAAAUUGGAAUUCACGGCGAUAAAUUAAGUUGCGAUGAACAGGCAGCGGAAGAUUUCAAAAUUAAAUUUGAACAGUUUCUUCAAAAAGAGAAAAUAUCAUAUGAACAAUUGUAUAGCGCUGAUGAGUCGGGACUGUUCUGGAAAUGUUUGCCAACACGAACACUUGCAUUUGAAAGUGAGCGGCACGCCCCAGGACAUAAAAUCAGUAAAGAACGCCUAACCAUAAUGACGUGCAGCAAUGCAACAGGUUCUCAAAAAUUAAAACUUGUAGUGAUUGGUAAAUCAAAAAAAAACGAGAUCUUUUAA